UCAACAUUAACAUCAACAUCAACAUCAACAUCAACAUCAACAUUAACAUCAACAUCAACAUCAACAUCAACAUCAACAUCAACAUCAACAUCAACAUCAACAUCAACAUCAACAUCAACAUCAACAUCAACAUCAACAUCAACAUCAACAUCAACAUCAACAUCAACAACAACACCAACAACAACAUCAACACCAACACCGACACCCACACCAACAUCAACACCUACACCUACACCUACACCUACACCUUCACCUACACCUACACCUACACCUACACCUACACCUACACCUACACCUACACCUACACCUACACCUACACCUACACCUACACCUACA